AUGCUUGAACUAUCGGGGCCUGGGUAUGAGGACAUUGUGACCCGGACCAUUGGAGCACGGGUCAUAUUGUUAAUGUAUGUGGAUGAUGUCGAGCUUUUUGAUGACAUUGUAGCGUGGAAGGAGGAGAGAGGGGAUAGGGUUGGCCUUGAAGACGCACUUGGGCAUUUUGCACAACGUCCGCAUGCCGACGCUCUCACCCGCAUCGUAUUUGCCAAUUCCUCGACGCACUGGGACGCAUUCUGA